AUGAUUACGUUGGCGAUUUUUGUGACGCUGUCACUCUUUUCAAUGGAGCAGGCGGAGUCAGCCAAACAACAGGUGCAGUUAUCAGACUCCUACCUCCCAGUCGCGAUGCAGAUUAUAUCUCACAUCACAGAUCAGAUGGCCUUCGAGGUCAAAGAGGAUACUACUCCUAGGCCAACCCCAAAGCCUACUCCUAGGCCUACAACUAAGCCUACUCCGAGGCCCACCACUAGGCCCACGACCUCCAGACCGUAUGUGACCUACAAGCCCAUUAACAGUUGGUGGAGUGGUUUUACAACAAAGAGGACAGAAAUGACGACACCAUUCCACAGACCAGGAUUAUAUGCUCCACCUUCUCCUCCGAAACCCUACAGCUACAGCAGAUUCUCCUGGAACCCACAGCAGCACCGCUUCGUACUCCUGCCAGUGGAACACCACGCCCAAUACACCAUCCUUCAACCCCAAGAAAAGAGGACUGAAGAACCUCUCCUAUCCAUCCAUCAGGACCAAAUAAAGCCUCUAAUGGAGCCAAGUCCAGAAUCGGCCCCAUAUCUUCCACCCCACUACGACGUCAAAGUCUCCAGCCGUUCAGAUGGCUACGUCAUUGAUGACAUCAGCGAAGAAAGCCUCCAAUACUUGUCUGAAGAUGUAAGGGAAAUGAUAAAGAUGGCCAAAGACCCUCAUGAUGAUAAGGUGGUGGAUGUGUGGGAUGGAGUCAGGCAGGGGAACCAGCCUGUGACUACGAAGGCGAAGCUGUCGUCUUCGAACUUGAGGCUGUUGCUGCUGUAUGACCUGCUGAGUAGGGACGCGAAGAGGCAGAGGCUGUCGGAUUAUAGUGGUUUCUCUCCAGACGUGAUGAAGGCUCUAGUGGCGUCAUCUAGCGGCGGUGUACGGGAACAGCUCAAGAUGGCAUUGGCCAAGAUGGUGGAACGACAUGACUGUGGACAUGAGUACGCCAACAACAGGGCCAGGGAGAUGGUAGAGGAACUGGGCAAGGACGAGUCAGGAAUAUCCACUGAACUUCGGUAUUUCCAACCUUUAAUUUAUAGCUAUUAA